GGGGGCGCUAUAGCAACGAGCCCGAGUGAGCAAUGGUUUGAACUCUUUGGCCACUCAUCCAAAAUAGUAUAACACAGUAACAUGUGUAUGUUAUAGUAUUUUAAAUGAACGUGAGGUAUAAGUGAAGGCAUGACUAACGGAAAGAAGCAGAAUAGUUCGGACACCGCGGUGCAAGGAACCAAUGACAGCAGCGUCGUGAGUAAAGUGUCUGCUGCAGCUCAGGGCUACUUCGAGGAUUGCUUCUUGCAACACUUCGUGUGCAAAGUCGCGAGGAGAUCUCCACUCAUCAACAGGGGCUACUAUGUGCGCUGGAGAGCAGUGGACCACUGUGUGCGCGCCUUCCUGCAAGUCACGCAACAUUGCGCCAAGAGACAAAUUCUGUCCCUGGGUGCCGGGUUCGACUCGCUGUAUUUCCGUCUUUAUGGCGACGCGGCACUCAACAAGGCCGUUGUGUUUGAAGUAGAUUUCCCAGAGGUGACCCGGCGUAAGGCGGCUCUGAUUCAAUCCAGUGUGUCGUUGUCGAAAAUGUUGGACUCUCAACAUUCACUUUGUUUGACAGGGCCCGUGUACGUCUCCAGCAGUCAGUACUUCCUGCUAGGGGUGGAUGUGAGACAUGAAUCCCAUGUAGAAGAAGCUCUGGUAAAGGCGGGACUGGAUCCAACUGCCCCCACUCUGAUUCUUUCUGAAGUGGUGCUGACCUACAUGGAAACACAACGGUCAGAUGACAUCAUCAAAUGGGCAGCCAGGCUCUUGCCCCAAUCUCUGUUUGUCAUGUACGAGCAGAUCCAUCCCCAAGAUCCAUUUGGGCGCAUCAUGCAAGAGCAUUUCCUGAAACUGAAUUCCACGUUGCACGCGCUCCGACAAUAUCCCGACACUGACGCACAGAGGCAAAGAUUCCUCGACAAGGGAUGGGAGAAGUGUGUGUGUUUGGAUAUGAACGAGUUCUUCCUCAGGUUAAUUCCUGAUGACGAGAGAUACCGAGUGGAAUAUUUGGAGCCUUUUGAUGAACAUGAGGAGUGGCACCAGAAAUGCUCGCACUACUUCAUCCUCACAGCAUCUCGAGGUUCUCUCACAGCGCAGUCUCUCCUCAUCCAUCCGUCAGUGCCACUGCAGUGGCCUUCUUGGAGCCCCUCUGGCCUCGUUGUGAAAACAGAGCCGGUUUGCUUGGAGGGUUUCGGGAUGGCCUCCACGUUCUUGGACGGAGGACUCAUCCUGCUCACCGGAGGCUCCUGCAGGACCGGCCGAGGGGCUCCGAGUCGAGUCCUGCAUCGAGGUCUUGAAGGCUGGAGAUCCUUCCAUGUCACACCCUCAGCCUGUUCGAGUGUCCGCCGUUACCACAGCAUUACCUCUAUCGCUGGUGGUGUCGCUGUGAUAUACGGAGGACGCUCCUCCCCAGUCAGCCCCAUCGGAGGCCUUGUCAAAGUCUCCCUCCGUCUUGAAGGUUCACCUGGUCCUGAGGACGUAGUGGAACUUCAUGAGGAGGAGAUGACAUGUACAGGUGCUCAUCCACCACUUAGAUGGAGACACUCUGCCACUCUGGUCUGUCAUAAAGGAAAAGACUUCUUGUUUAUCUUUGGUGGAAAAAAUGAGUCUGAAGCAGUUUUGGGUGAUGGCUAUUUCCUGGAUCUAGAUCAGAAACACUGGACUGAGGUGGCAGUAGAGGGUGCUGCACCAGAGGCCCGCCAUUCCCAUUCAGCAUGUUCCUACCAGGGUGGGCUGGUGCUUUUCGGAGGGCACGGAAGAAGGGGAGAGCCGCUGGGGGACAUAAUGGUGAUGAAGCCAAAUGAGAGAGGCUUCUGCUGGGAGAGGAUCGAUGUUCAGCCUCCACCCUGUCCCAGAUAUUCGCACGGCGCCCAUGUGAUUGGUGAUCACCUGAUUGUAGUGGGCGGAGUUUGGCUGCGUUCAGACAGCGUGCCCGGAGUGGCCCUGAUCAACCUUUCCAGGCGCUGCAGCGUGGAGUUCCGUCUGAUCACGGCCUCAGUGCCGUGGCCUCUAAUGUUGCACUCGUUCUGCUCCGAGCUGAUGGUCCAAAAGGAAGCAGAGCUGAUCCUGAUUGGCGGAGGAGGAAACUGUUUCUCCUUUGGGACUCAUUUCAACCCUCAACUUGUCACCGUGGAUCUUAGCCCGGCACUGACAGAAACCGAACUGACUUUAAGGGGUUCCGAGGUGACCAGGCAAGAGUUUGUCAUCUAACUUGCCGGUUUGCAAAAAUGUGUACAUAAACAAUCAGAGACAUCUCACUGUGCUUUCUGGGUAGGCUUUUAUGUCUUUCAUUUUCUCAACCUUCGUUCUAAAUGUGUCACUUCUUGCCUUGGAUGGUAGCCCCAUCUUCAAGCCGGGAUUCGGGUUUCCAGCCUGGGUUACAGUUUUAAACAAGGAUUAGGGUUUCGUAUCAGGGUUUUAAUUCCAGGUCUCAAAGCAUAGUUUAAAACAGGAUAAGGGUUUCAAAUUGGACUUUCAAUAAUCUGUCUAAGGUUUCAAAGUAGGUUUUCAAAUUGACGUUUCAAGCUAAGGUUAUGGUUUUAAAUUAGUUUUAUCAAGUGAGGUUUCAAGGCACAGUUAAGGUUUCAAAGUAGUUUCAGAUUCGGGUUUCAAAACAAGGUUAUGUUUUCAAAGCAGGGAUAAGAUUUCCAGUUCAAAUUGGCAUUUCUAAGGUUAGGGUCUCAAAAAAAUUUAUGUAAGGUUUGGGAUUAGGCUGUAGAUGUCAAAUUAAUGUUUCAAAUAUAGAUCGGGGUUAUAAAUCAGGGUGGAAAGCCAAGGGUCAAGUUUCAAGGCCAGGUUGAGGUUGAACUGUAUGAUUUGUAAACCACAUCACAACACAUCAAGUCAUCAACGUAAAAGUCAACUACGUGAAGCACUACUCUCGCAAAUGCAUUUUCUGUCCCUUUUGACUUGCAUACAAAUUACACCCUGGACUGGUUUCCAUUCACUUUGAAAACUCAUCGAAAAACGUACAGUACACAAGCCCAACUUUUUGAAUGUUUGCAAAACUACAGAAACUUCAAAAUUA